AUGGCUGAUGUUGUUCAUCGUAUUAGCGAAUUAACACAUACACGUCUGUCAUGGUUUGGUUGUUCGGAUGAUGAUGGAUGUAAUCGUCUAAAUCAUCGUCAUACUGUUUUAAUGUUAUUAAUCUUUUCGGCUGUACUUACUUCACGUUUAUUUAUUUCGGAUUUAAUUAUUUGUUGGACACCUGGUGAAUUUACAGGAAAUUUUGUUUCAUAUACACGUCAUUAUUGUUAUGUAACAAAUACAUAUUAUAUAUCAAUGAAUGAAACAAUUCCAACAUUAAAUAAUUCUCAUAUACGUCGAAAACGUUCAAUUUAUUAUUAUCAAUGGUUACCAAUAUUACUUGCAUUUCAAUCUUUAUUAUUUUUAAUUCCACGUUUAAUAUGGAGUAGUUUUAGUUCACGUUGUGGAAUUAAUUUACAACAUUGUUUAUCACCUCAAUUUGAUUAUCGAAAAAGUCGUUAUAAAGUUCAUAAUAUAACAACAAUGCUUAAUUUAUUAUCACGUGCUAAACAACAUGAUUUUAAUCGUAUAUCAACAAAUAAUAAUAUAAAUAAAAAUAAUUUUCGAUCAAAUAUACAAUUUUUUAAAACAUUUUGUAUUCCAUUUCUUUUUUUAAAUGAAAAUCCAUUUCAUGGUUAUUAUUUAGUAAAUUUAUUUCUUAUUGUUAAAAUACUUUUUUUAAUUAAUUCAUCAUUACAAUUAUUUUUUUUAAAUACAUUAUUAACAAAAAAUUCAAUUCUUUAUGGAUAUGAAGUUAUUGAUAAUUUUCGUCGUGGUGAAUAUAUUGUUGGUUCAAGAAUAUUUCCAUUAAGUGUUUAUUGUGAUUUUAAUAUUAUUAAAAUUGGUCAACCAACAAUUUAUACAGUUCAAUGUUUAUUACCAAUGAAUGUAUUUAAUGAAAAAAUCUUUACUAUUAUUUGGUUUUGGUUAGUUUUUUUAACAAUAACAAAUUUAAAAAGUGUUAUAUUAACAAUAAUACGUAAUAGUUUUCAUCAAUUUAAUUAUUCUUAUAUAGCUAAUUAUUUAGAUUUAUUUUCAAAAAAAGAACGUUUUAAAAGACAUAUACUUGUUAAACGUUUUAUAUUUAAUUAUUUAACAGCUGAUAGUAUAUUAAUAUUAAGAUUAAUAUCAGAAAAUAUAAGUGAUUUAUUAACAAGUGAAGUUAUUCAUGAACUUUGGAAUGAAUAUAAAAAAUUAUCAAAUUUAUCAUCAACAAAUCGUGAAAAAUAUCAACGAUUAAAAACUCUAGGUCAAACAUCAAUAGAUGUUUUAACAACAAAUAAAAAUAUUCAUUAUCGUCGUUGA